ACAAGUUGCACUUGUCUCAGUUCGUGCUAACGUUUGAACGUUAAAGCCGUUUCCCACAAAAACAUUAUUCCAACAUAUCAACCCAAUAUUGGGUUGAUAAUAAAUAUAUAUUUAUUAUCGAUUCAUCAGUGUAAUUACAACAAUUAAAAAUAAUUUAAAUCUAACCCAAAGAAAAACAUUUAUAUGAAAUAUUUGCCAAAAUGAGCUUGGGAAUAUUAAUGUCAACUAUGGUGAUUCUCAUUAUAAUUCUCCCAUUCUGUUCUCCGGUAAUAAUUUUUUUCCUACUUUUAAGAAAAUGUGUAGCAUUUGCAGCAAAAAUAUUUAAACGGGGCACGCUCGUCAAAAUUGUACCAGGAGGUAGCACUUUAUUUGACGGGAACCUCACCUAUUCCCGGAAAGCUCUGACAAUUAUUUCUAUCGCGGAAAUUGACAGAAAUAAAAUUGGCAUGACAAAACUCAAAAGUGAUUUUGAAGAGAAGUUGCUACAUAAAAAAAUCGGGUCUCACCUUCUCUAUGUUGAACUAAGGUGUAAACUCGUGGCCUGGUGGGGGUACUACUUUUGGGAGAAAUGUGACAAUUUCGAUGUGAAUGAUCACCUCAAAUUCUUGCCAGAAUCGGAUUUUUCUCUACACGACGUACGAAAUCCGGAAGAUUGGAACAAAUUAAUAAACCACGUCACCCAUGAACGAAUCUGGGCCAAGGACAAACCCCUCUGGGAAAUCCUCCUUAUGGAAAAUGUAACCACGCAGAGGGCGAGUGAACAAACUCUACUAAUUUUCCGGUGUAGUCACGUCCUUUGUGAUGGGCAGUCGAUAUUAAAUAUGACUGGGAAUUUAUUUCAACCGGAAAAAGUUCAUAUGGGACAAAAUUUUCAGCACAACGUUCUGAACCUUUACUCUCAAACAUUGUGGGUUUAUUAAAAUUUCCAUAUCAAUUGGUCUCCCAUGUAAAAAAUGUAUCUAGUGAUGUGACCCAAAUCCCGCCACCACAUCAACGGUUGCACGAAUUUCCGGAAAUUUUCACUAAAACGAUGGAAUCAAUGCCAAUGCAUGUAUUUAAAAAAGUUAAAGAUGUCUAUCAAGUGGAUCACUUAUCCCUUCUUCUCGCCGGUGUGGCAUUCGCCAUAAGACAGACAUAUCUGUGCCAAGGGCUUAAAGUGGAUAAGCAAAUCAAGGUCUUGUUCACUCUGCCAUUGCCGAAUCAUUCCACAAAAUUAUGCAAUGAUUUCACGUUCGGAUCCAUCCUACUCCCAAUUGGUGAACCUGAUUCCGUCCAAAGAUUGAAAUUGAUAUCGGACCGAAUUCGGGCAUAUCGUUCAACACAUGUCCCCAUUUUUGGUGCAUAUCUUUACAAAAUGAUACACGCUUUACCACUCCCCAUACUUAACAAACUUUGGAAAAACCCCAGCCUACAAGCAUCCGUAAUGAUGAAUAAUAUUUAUAUUCCACAUAAAAAGUAUUAUCUGCACGGGGACGAGGUUUUUAUGUCAUUUUUUAUGGUAAAUAUGGCUUGGCAAAAUCAAGGUAUGAAUACAGAUAUUGCUCGAUAAAUGAAUGGAACGAAAUUGUUAAUCCGUUACUAAAUUUGUUUAAGGAUAUGCGUACAUGGUUUGACUCUCUGCUGGUGAAAGUUACGAGGGGAAGGAUCUGAUCUCCACUUUUGUUUCUUUAUAAUUUACUCUUUAUAAAAUCUGUCUGAUCCACUCGUUUCCACAUUUACGAUGGAAUCGGUUUUCUGGGAGUUAGCGGAUUCGAGGAAUUUUUCACCAACACGGAUGAAGCGUCCACAUAUUUGAAAAAUUGUUUCAUUGAAUGGAAAAUACUUUCAGAGUUGGCAGAUAGUACAUGUGAAGUUUGACAAAAGGUGCAUUUCUGAAUAAUUUGCAUAUUUGUGAAAUCUUUUUGUGCUUUCUCUUGCAAACUCGGCUUAAUGCAAAUACAGACCAGCAUUGCGGAUCUGUAGUGUUUGAGGUAGCAAAUAAGUAACUAGCAAUUAAGGAAUUAAUUAGUGUAGAUUAAGGGAACGUUAUGUGCAGAGACGGAGGUGAGGAAGAAAUGGAAAUAAAGAGUGCAAGAGGAAAGUUGGAAUAAAACAUAUUUUUUAUUAUAUUUUGUUGCUUGAAGCCAAUUAAAUAUGUAUGUACAUAUUUAUUUAUUGAUGUACAUAUGUAUGUUUGUAUGUACACAUGUGUGCACUUGUUGACAAUUGAGUGACUUUAUCAAAGUUCAUCAAUAACAAGUUUUUGUCCAAGAAACCAUUCUAAAUUCUGCAUGCAGAAUACAUAGCAUAAACUUGUUGAGAUGUGAAGGGUUGUUUGACUUAUUCUCAUAAUUCAAUGUCAUUUAAUUUACAAAAUAGUGAAUAGACAAGCCCCAUCCAAGUAGCAAAUACUGAUUUUAAAACCAGAAAGAAUUCAGGUUUAAAAGCUUCUUACACACUCAAUUCAUGUAUGUAUUCGUCUGAAGGUCAUCUAGUCUUCAACUACAUAGAUUACAAUCAAUUAAUUCACCAACAUGACCAAUAAUUUUUUAAUCCUUGUGGUAGGUUAUGCACAAUGUACAUAUACAGAAUCUGUUUAAUCCUAUUGUGCUGCUAGAUGGCAAUUUACAUACAUACACAGACAUGCAUACCUGCUUAAAUUUAAUCUACGUUGGCAAAGUUGUGCUGUAAUUAUGUAGGUAAAAACUUGUACCUUUAGAAUACUACAAAAGUUUAAUUCUAAUUAGUAGAUAGAUAGCUUACAUAUUUGUCGUAAUAAUGAUAAACUCAUUCGAUCAUUCGAUUCAUUGCAGAGCAGCAUAAAAUUCUUUCAAUCGUAACGUAAUUUUAUCACCUAUGUAAAUAGGAUGCAAGGUUACCGAAAUUGUGCGACCUUGCUAUUUCUUUUGGGGUCGAUAUUACUAUUGUUGAGUGUGCAGUGCAGGAAUAUCUUGUCGGUGGAGUUUUUCGGAGGAAAAAGCCACGUUAUAACUUACCUACCCCUUCUUGAGGAAUUGGCGAGAAAGGGUGACAAUGUGACAUUAAUAAGUCCAUCCAUAGGGCUCACGAAGGAGGAAAACAUUCACGAAAUUUUUAGCAUCGAUGUUGCCACGAUCUUGAAUGAAUAUCAGAUCCAUCCUUUCGAAAUGACAGAGAGGAACGAGAAGAUCAACUUUCUUACCCUUUUUACUAACUUGGUUCCCAAGAAAUGUAGAGAAAUGUACGAUCGACACGAAAUUCAGGCCUUGUAUAACAUCGAUUUUGACCUUAUCAUACUCCAUUAUUUCCUCAAUGACUGUUCUCUCGGAUUCGUGGACAGGGUGAUGAGCAAAAAUGGGACAAAAUCCACACCUACGCCGCUUGUCGUUUUCUCCACAAUCAACGCCCCAAGCUCCAUUGUCCAAUAUGUAACCAUCCCAGUUCAUUCGUGCCGAAUAUGUAUCUAAAUUAUGGCGAUGAGAUGACCUUCACUCAAAGGUUUGUUAACUUUGGACUAAACCAAGUUCUUGACGCGGUCCGGACUUUUUACUACCUUCCCGCCAUGGAGGGCGUCUACAAGGAAAAGCUUGGGCUGGAUGCGCCCUCCGUGGGGGAGAUUUUUGGAAGAGCUUCACUUCUUUUAUCCAAUGGGCACGUUUCCAUUAAUCGUCCCAAACCAAAUCUACCCAAUGUUAUCCAAGUUGGCGGGAUGCAUUCUAGAAAGGCGAAAGAGCUACCAAAGAAAAUUCAAGACUUUCUCUCCUCUGGUGGUGACGACGGUUUUAUCCUUUUCUCCCUCGGAACCUAUCUUCCAUCUAGUGCGAUGUCUCCACAAAAGAGGGCCAUCUUUGUCAAUGUGUUUUCUCGUCUGAAACAGAAAGUGAUUUGGAAAUACGAGUCAAACGAUAUUCCAGACUUGCAGAAGAAUAUUCUUCUGAGCAAGUAUCUUCCUCAGCAGGACCUCUUAGGACAUGACAAGAUCCGACUUUUCAUCACCCACUGUGGCACAGGAAGUUGGGAGGAGGCCAUCUUCCAUGGGGUUCCACAAAUCGGAAUCCCAUUCUUUGGAGAACAGCCCCUCAAUGCAAGGACAGCGGAGAAUCGUGGUUACCUCGUCAGACUGGAUUGGAAUGAGUUGACGGAAGAAAGGUUGAUGGAAGCGAUCCAGGAAGUCAUCAGUAAUCCAAAAUAUCGUGACAACGUGAAACAAUUAUCCGCCAUUUUCCGCGACCAGAUUGACAAUCCUUUAGAUAGGGCCGUGUACUGGGUGUACUGGGUGGAGUACGUCAUGCGACACAAAGGAGCUUACCACCUUCGGUCGGCUGCACGAAACCUGUCUCUAAUUCAGUAUCACUCACUGGACGUAAUCGCCGUCUACUCGCUCAUAUUGAUUUCCUUUUUUUUCGUCCUAUGCCUCCUUAUAAAAUGUAUUCUCAGCUUGUUCAGAUCCUGCUGGUUUACUGAGACUUACAAAUAUAAAACUAACGAGGAAAACCUUUUUGGUGCCAUGAGCUCCCAGCAUAACCACUAUAUACAUUCGACGUAUUUUUUAAUACUAGUCCGAUGAUGUGACAAA